CACCUCUGACCAGGUUCCCUCGCAUUUCUCUCUUUCUCUCUUUCCAUAUCUUCUAGUGCAUCCCAGCUUCAACUUUUUCAUCCCAAUGGUGGUUAGUUAGAGGCGUGGGUUGGAAACCAUCUCCGAGUCGCUCGCAGUUUGCUGCUGAUAAUUCACUAUAUAGAGAAAGAGCUGAGUCUGAUUGGGUUCUUGAGUCCAUCACGUCGAGUCUCAUGAACAGACUUCAUCCAGCAGAUUUCUCAUAUUCUCUACGAGAUUAUGUGUACAGUUCACGCAAGAACAUCUCGCUGAAUUUGAAGGAGGAGGAGCGCUCUAUUUUCGGAUCGAUUGGCCCUCUGCAAGGAGUCUGAACUCUGGCAGGGAAGACUGCGCAUAUGCAAUUUUAUCAGGAACAAUAGAUGUCCAGGAUGUGGAAUAGUUGGAAGGGCUUAAUGCUAAGGGGAGAGGCCAUUCUGAUGAUUACAGUCAUAAUGGUCGGCGCCGGAAGAGGAGCAGAAUGCGAUGAAAACAUCAAUUUUAUCCCUCGGUCGUCGAAAGACUGCAAUAGACCAGGCCUGGACAGCGCAUUGUGGAAUGUGGCUGCGGUACCGAGUUAUGCAGUAAAUUGGGCUCACCACCAAGGCACAACUGCAGAUUUGGAAACGGGAAUUUUUGGGGAGGCACUGCAGCGCACAGGUGGACCUCCAGGUGAGAACGUUUAUUCGGCAGAUUGGGCGGAAGCGGAUGUUGUUAUCGAGACAUCGGUGAUUGAUGAGAGAGAAGUUGAGGUGUUCGAGUCGAAUGCCUGUGCUCCUAACAGACUGUGCCGCCAUUACAUUCAGGUGGGACAUGUAUUUAAUUCCAUGACUUUGUAGGUGUACGUCGGGAGAUCCUGACACAAUAUGAAAGAUGUAGAUACUUAGUGUAGCGGAAUGAAGAGGGUAGCUGGCUGCCAAAUUGUUUAUAAUGCCAUUGCAACAAUAGAAAUAGGAACGAAAGGAAUUACAUUUCAACAUCUGAUUUUACAGUUUAGCUCCCGAAUCCAGUCAGUCGUUCAUCCUUUGGCUGCAGCUGAUUGAAAGCACGAGCGCUCGCCUCGGAGAGGUUACUCGUGAGUCCACAUAUUUCUGAUCAUGACCACCAUCUGGUUCCUUCGAAGUAACUAGACAUUAGCACGAGGUUUAGGCUCAUUUGGGUGUUAGCUUUGAAAACUUGCGGAGCAAUCUCGAUCCCUUAAGGGCAAUGUUCUAGCAUACAUCCUCGGUACAAUAAGUAGGGUUGUGACAAAUAACCCAGAGUCCGAGGUGAUGCUGCCAGUAUGGAACUGGAAACUCCGGUCAGAGGCACUGCAAGAUUGUCUAGUCCCCUGUUCACGUGGAGACCUAUCAUUUAUUGAAUCCGGACUGGUGUUGAAAAUGUCCGAGAGGGUUUCCAAUACAAGUUAUGGAUACUUGGAUUUGAUCGGUUUCAGUUCAGAGGAACAAACUGACGCAGACUCAUCCAUGAGGUCAUUGUUCUCAAGAUCUCCUUUCAAAUAUAUUUCCGACGCAACCGGGGGGAGUGAAUGUGUUUCAGUAUUCAUUCUACCAUGUGCAGGCCAGUACACUUCGGAUAUUCGAUUGUUGACCGAUUGAAUUGGUAGGCACGUCAUAGUCAUCUCAGAUGAGUAAUAGGACUAAAAGGAAAGACAUUCCGUCUUUAUAUCCUUAAAUAUCAUGUUUGAGCAACAAGCAUUCACAUGAAGUAAAAGCGAUCCGAAGAUACGGUCACACGACAGGGUUGACACUCUCACCAUGUGCGGUUCAGUUUCAGGAUUCAGAGUAGCUUCUUCGAUGACGUUGGAGAUAGAUAGGUAAUGGUGGUCCUCCAGCAAUCCAGUAGCAGUAGUCUAUAGUAAUGUAAAUAUUCAAUUGCACGAGCUGCAGGACCCGGUUGACCGAGUUGAAUUUGUUGUCAAGAAGCAAUUUGUGAAUUUCAAACGUCUGACUUAAUUAAUUACUGCUGUCGGUUGGGC